UAAAAUAUACUAAUAUUUGAAAAGAAGUGUGUUCUGACGAAGUGGAGAUGAAGAAACUAAUAUGCUUUGCGUAAUCUCUCGGACUUUAUUCUAAAGUCACCAAAGCUACUAUAAGCUUAUGUACCUCGCUACUUCUUCACAGAGAGCAAAGCAGCCGUAGAUAGAGACUAUGAAGAGAGCAGAGAUCGACACAACGGCACCGUUUAGAACCGUCAAAGAAGCUGUCGCUUUGUUCGGUAAGAGAGUCUUAGCUAGUCAAGUCUAUUCAAACCAUCUCAAAGUGAAACAGAUGGAGGAUCCAGCAAAGAUUGAAAUAGAGCUUGAAGAGGCAAAACACAAUCUCAAAAGAGCAAAAGAAGAAAGCAUGCAAGUGAUGAACUCUUUGUCUUCUCUCAAGGAAGAGCUUGACAGGACAAGACAAGAGCUUCAGAAGAUAAAAGUAGAUCCUGAGGGGGCUAUCGAUGAUACUGUUUUCAAAACCAAGUUCGAAGUGUUGGUUCCACAUGUUGAUGAUGAACCACCAAUUAGUACUAGUCCAAGGUUGCGAUCGAUGAGUGAGAAGAGGUACGUGAACCCUACGACGGGUAAUAAUAAUAAUGGUCCAGUGGUGGGGAUGUUUCUUGGAAGACACCCUUCCAUGAGAAAGAAGGAGAAGAAGAAGAAGAAGAGGAAGAAGAGUUUGAUCCCAUUGAUUAUUAGAGGAAUCUUCUCAAAGAAAAAGGUUUUGCAAUGAAACAGCUUGGUUUAUAAAUUUUUCUUCUCUUUUCUCGUGAGUUUUCUUUUGGUUUGUUUUAAUAAUGUCAUAUGUACGACCUUCGUAACUGAUUCUUGAACAUAUUUUAUUGAACAUAUUUUAUUGUACAAUUUUUUCCAAUAGCCAUUUUUUUUGUCACCAAAAUAGUUCUAAAAAAUAAUCAAAUAGUUUUUUUUUUGAAAUUUUUUUAUUUUUACUUUUUAUUUUUUAUUUUUUACUAUUUGAAACUCUAUUCUCAAAACCCUAAAGCUUAACUCUAAACCCUAACUUUUUAAUAUAUACGUGUAUAUUUUACAAUUUAAUAAAACUUAUUUUGAUAAUUUUUCUAUUUGAAAGCUAUUUUGUAAAAAUAAACUAAAAAGGCUCUCUUAAAUUUUUUAUUUUUUUUUAUUUUUUUUACUUAUACUUCAAAAAAAUAAAAACUUUUGGAUGGCACGUAUAAUGUGUAAUGAUAAAAAUGUACUGAUAAAAAUGUUUUGUUGUGUAAUGAUUAGAGAAAAUACAUGGAGAGAAAAGAUACUGAUAAAAAUGUUUUGUUGUGUAAUGAUUAGAGAAAAGACAUGGAGAGAACAUACAAGAAUAAGAAGGCUUUAGAGGAAAAUAUUUUAAAACUUUUAAAAUAAAGUACUGAUAAAAAUGUUUUGUUGUGUAAUGAUUAGAGAAAAGACAUGGAGAGAACAUACAAGAAUAAGAAGGCUUUUGGUGAUAUGAUUGUCAGCUUACAACACAUUAUAAUUUAAGAUUUUGUGACGGUAAAAUAUCAGCACAUGUCUGGAUCAUAUUUAAAGUAAAUCUGGAACAUAGUCACAUAGAGCAUUGUUCUUCAUCAUCGAUCGUCACGAGAAUGGCUAGUCUUUUGCGAGAAAGGGAAUUGCGUCUGAUUGUGCAUUUGGCUUCAGUUCAGAUAUUGAUUCUUCUACAUAGUCAUGAUGAAUUGUUCGUAGUGUUCUUUUAUUUGCAAAUGCGGUCUCUCAUGACGAGAAAAGAGAUUGUUCUUGUUUCUUGUUUUCUUCCUUCCAAUGCAGUUGAUAAGCGUUUUACAAAGAGAAUCAUCAAGGAAAGCCAUUACUGAUUCUUUUUUUUUUUUUGGCAACGGCCAUUGCUGAUUCUUGCUAAUGCUUCCAAGGUCUUUUUGUAUCAGCAUUCAGCAGUGAGGCCCAAUAAAGAAUGAUAGUUUUGGGCUGCUAUAUGACGAUGAUUUCGUUUGCAACGUCAGGGAGCAAAAUAAACAAUGUAAGCAGCUUCUGACAACGAGGAAAGUUCCAAUGGCUGCCUCUUAGCGUGCAAACUCUUUGCUAUUUAUGGGUUAAUUAAGAACUUAUCUGAGUAAUAUUACUCCUGUAACUACCAUAUUUAAAAUCACAUAAUACCCACCCAAACAGUUAUAUCAUUUUAAAUCAAAAACAGCUUUCUCUA